UGCAAGUUUUUCUCUUCCUGCUUCUUGGUGAGUAUAUGCGACAUGACGAUGAGAAAAGGAAGAAACAAAGAAUACAUUCGGUAUCACCUCUGGAUUUUUCUGUUACAGUGGCUUGUGUCUCCUGCCUGAGCUUUUACUGUCGGUCCCUGUGCCUUGUUACCAAAGAACUGCGGUUGCUGCUUUUGGAAGUUUUUUUUUUCUUUUUCGUUGCACCAUUUCGCCAUCGUAUCAUGCUCAAGACAUUGAAAUAAUUUUCAUCCCAUGUUACAUUGCUGAGCUUUUUUUUUUCAAAAAAGCAAGUGAUAUGCUUAAAUCCUUGAUAAUGCCAAAAUUGGGCACAUCUCGAUGUGUGGAAAAAGAAGUAUAUACUAGAAGCUUUGUUGCAUGUAGCUCGAUGAUCUCAAAUCACAUUACAAUACAGUGCCAGAAAAUCGUAUUACAAGA